AUGGCGCUCUACUCGACGGCCUCGGGAUUCAUGAAGCUCAUGCUGCGCCCAGAAUGGCGCCUUUGGCCACUCUCUUCAUUCCUCGGCAUCGUUGACAUCAAAACAGGCGUCGUCGUCGGUCUCAUCUUUGCAGAAGACUCCAAGAGCUCUCUCUACUUUGCGCACAUCUACUUUGCAGACCACAUAUUCUCUACAUCCUGGACUGUAUUCUUCGCGGUAGAUUGGUGGCUAUGGACGCCUCAUGACGGACAACGGCAAGCCAACUCACCAGCGCAGCAAGCCAUGGUCAAGCUGGCCAACAUCACCGCAGUGCCCCUCACGCCUCAGGAGCGAGAAGAGGCUGCAAUGACAAUCUGGAACCACGAAAAGGGGAAGGCUGCUGCUAUCAUCAUUAUUUCGUGGUUUGUCAAGCUCUACUUUAUCGUCCUCAUCUAUUCCUACGCCUCGCACCUCCGCAAAGGAUCGUACCGCUCCCUGCCCCUCACAAGAAGUGCAUAUGCCUCGACAACUGCCGCACAUCCUGCAAACGCAUAUGAAGCACUUGGACACAACGAUGACGAUGUGGAAGACUUUUACCGUGUCCCUCUACAAACUCCUCCUGCCUCUGGUCACCGUCGCGGUGGAAGCCAACAUUCUGUAUCUGGAUCUGUCGAUUUCGUCAGUGCACCUGGUCGGAUACCGCGUAAAAAGGGCUUCGGGAGCAUGAGCUUGUCGAAUGGCGGGACGAGGGAUCGAAGGAUCGAAGAGGAGGAUGUACUAUUCGAUGAAGAUGAGGCGACGUAUGCUGCGUCAAGCUCAUCUAGAGCACACUCGAAGCUCGGUACAGACAGCACUCUCAACAAUAGCGACGAGGAGAGGGCUGUAGGUGGAUUCGCGUCUGACAGCAGUGGUAAAAGCAAGUCCAGGAGAUCAUAG